UCCGAGAAAGUUGUCAGUGUCGGAGUGCGCCGAAUCAUCCAAAUUAAUGUGCUCCCAGACUAGAACAUUGUACAUGCAAAUCGGCGAAAACAGUUCAAUUCGAGUGCCAUGCCAAAUCAAAGCAAACAAAGCACCAAACAUCUCAUGACAUUCACAUAAAACACAAAACACAAAACACAAAAGAGAGAGAGAGAGAGAGAGAUCUACCACACUAAAAACCCCAAGACUAAACCAAAACCAAACAACUCCGAACCCCCGAGAAUCCAUCGAAGCUAUAUAACCCUCCGGAAAAGGGUGAGAGAGAAUGUUGCUCGCGUCCGUGGUGGUGUGCCAAGUGGAGAGAUUGCUCUGCAUGCCGAUCAGCUUUGCCGUGUUCGCCUUCCUCUUCAUGGCCUGCGCCAUGGAGGUGGUUCUGCUGAAGACAACCACCAGUGAUCCGGUGUUCGGGCGGCCUCCCGACGACGGGGACGGGGACGGGGACGAGGCCGGCGACGACGAGUCCGAGGAGCAGAUCUACUAUGAGAAUCUCGGCAACAACUACGAGCACUGGGCACGCCGACGGAUGCGUUUCCAUCAGAGGCAGCAGCAACAUCAGCAGCAGCAGCAGCAGCAGCAGCAGCAGCAGCAGCAGCAGCUGAUUAUUUAGAUACGGAAUUUGAAAUCGGUUGGGAAUCGGUUAUGACUGGUUUGCCUUUGUUUUUCGAAAUUAUAUGGUGUAUAGGAGAGAGAGAGUUUGUAAUGUUUUUGUUUUCUUGUUUAUGGUUUCGUUUGUAAGCGAUUGCCAAGCCAGACAUUUCAUUUGAAUAAGUUAACCAAAUUGUUUGUGAUUGAUUGUCAAUUUUGAGCACGUUGUGCCACAACAACUACCACAACAAAACA